AUGGGAAACACAGAGAGAGAAGCAGAGGCAAAGAGCAUGAGAACUGUGAAGGAAUGGUUCAUGUCUUCACAGGCUUUGCUGAGCAUGUUACUUGUGCAAAUUUUUGCAACUGGGAUGCAGCUACUAUCAAGGGUUAUAUUAGUUCAGGGUACUUUCAUCUUUGCACUCAUUACAUAUCGUCAUGUUGUUGCUGCCAUUUGUGUUGCCCCCUUUGCACUCUACUUUGAAAGAGGCCGCACAAAGAAGUUCAGUUGGAGAGUUUUGUUUUGGAUCUUUGUUAACGCAUUAGCGGGGAUGACUAUGGCUCUAGGAUUGUUCUAUUAUGGUCUGCGAGACACUUCAGCUACUUACUCUGUCAACUUUCUCAACUUGGUUCCAAUAUGCACCUUCUUUACCUCUAUCAUAUGCAGAAUGGAGAAACUGGGGCUGGGAACGUGGGCUGGUAAAGCCAAGUGUGUGGGGGCAAUUUUGUGUGUUGGGGGUGCUUUAGCUACAAGUCUUUACAAAGGGAAGGAAUUUUAUCUUGGUCAUCAUAGUCAUCACACUCAGGCUAAUGUUGUGGCACACAAAACCCACAUGCUUCGUGGCACUUUCUUUUUGGUUGGAAGUUGCUUCUCAUACACAGCUUGGUUUAUUGUGCAAGUCAAGUUGCUUAAAGUUUUUCCGCUAAGGUAUUGGGCAACAAUGCUAACAUGCAUUAUGGCAGCAUUUCAAGCAGCAAUAGUAGGCGUAUUCAUGGAUCACACAAAAGCUGCUUGGAGUUUAGGGUGGAAUCUACAACUGAUCACUAUAUUGUACUCGGGAGCACUGGCCUCGGCAGCUACAUUUUGCUUAAUAUCUUGGGCAAUUACGAUCAAAGGACCUACUUAUCCUCCAAUGUUCAAUCCACUGGCUCUUAUUUUUGUGGCCUUGUCAGAAGCUAUCAUACUUGGUGAACCAUUAAAAGUUGGAACGUUGCUGGGCAUGGUUUUGAUCAUAAUGGGAUUGUACUGCUUCUUGUGGGGCAAGAAGAAUGAGAAACAGCGCUUGCCUCAACCAAAUGUAGCAGCUGCAGAAGUAUCAACAACCAUGGCUGAUGAUGAGCUUGCUGGGGUGCAAUCAACAGCCAUAGUAGUACCAAGUUCUUCACCUAAUAAUAGUGUAGUUUUAGAAAUUGAAAAGAUUGACAGAAACUGA